AUGGCGUCAUAUUCUUCAGUGAGGAGGACUAGAAAUAGCUUCAUUUCAAAUAAUGAUGAAGAAUCCCAGGAUUUCUCAGUUGGUCCAGAAAACAGAGCAAAGACGGCUCACUUAGCCAAUUUGGCCAUGUCCGAGAACGAAUCGGGUAGCCACGACGAAUUCGAUUUCAGCUUUGAACAUGAAAAUCCAAUCGAUGAGCGUGAUGAUGAGGAUGACAAUGUUCACGACGACGAGAACCCUCUGGAUAACUCUUUAGAUGUUAUCGGUGAAGCCAGAAGAGAUUCAGACAAACACUUGGACUUGGCCUCAAUUAGACAUAGAAACUCUCAAAACCCACAAAGCACUUCUCACAUCGAAGUCACCCCUCCAACUCCCCCAAACGACUCUACGCCUCUGCUAUACCACCACCCAGACCAUAUAUCCAAUCAAAACAGCCAAUCAAAACUCUCAAAACCAAGGCUUAUCUUAAACAGCCUCAAAUACUCCGCCAAAUCCGUCUCGGAGGUCAUUCCUGCCACAAUGCUCGGCCUUAUGCUCAACAUUCUCGACGGUGUCAGUUAUGGCAUGAUCGCCUUUCCCCCAGGCAGAACCUUUACCGGUUUUGGCGGUGAUGGCGUCUCCAUGUUCCUCGUCACUUGCAUUGUUAGUCAGCUCGUCUUUAGCUCAGGCGGCAGCGUCUUCUCUGGUGGAAAUGGCUCCAUGAUCAUCGAGACUGUCCCUUUUUUCCAUAUCCUUGUCGAUAUCAUCGAGAAGAGCACAUCCAAUAAACACGAAAUCAUUUCUACUACUAUGGUCACCUUCGCUCUCUCCAGCUUGCUCGUAGGUCUCACUUUCUUUCUCCUCGGAAAGAUGAGACUCGGUGCUUUCAUAGGGUUUUUCCCGCGUCAUAUUCUCGUUGGAUCUAUUGGCGGCGUCGGUGUAUUUCUCCUCGAAACGGGACUGGAGAUCACCGCUGGGCUUAACAAUGAAGGUUUCACUUAUAGCUGGUCUACUAUCUCUUUUCUCUUCACCAAUCUUAGAGUUUUCUCGCAGUGGUUUCCCGCUCUGUGUCUGGCAGUAGUACUGCGGAUCCUCACAUACUUCUUCUCCAACCCACUCAUCACACCCGUCUUCCUCAUCUUCGUUCCCAUUAUCUUCUACAUUGUCGUCCUCUCUGCUCACAUACCACUUGACAAACUUCGUCAACUCAAUUGGAUUUUUGACGUCGGUGACGGUGCCAAUGCGCCCUUUUACAGAUUCUACUCCUACUUUGAUUUCAAAGCGGUAAGCUGGAAGGGUAUACUUGAGACCCUACCGACCCAGCUUGCGCUUGUAUUUUUUAGCGUACUGCACGUACCUCUUAACGUUCCGGCUCUGAGUGUCAGUUUAGAUGUCGAUAAUGUGGAUCUCGAUAAAGAGCUAGUGGCGCAUGGCUACUCCAACACUUUGGCUGGCUUGCUUGGCACCUUCCCCAACUACCUCGUCUACUCAAAUUCUGUACUCUUCUACAGAACGGGCGGGGGGAUCGGAAUAGCCCUCGUUGGACCAGGCGCCAUCUCGUUCAUACCUGUUAUGGCUGUUGGUACGCUCAUUUUUGUCCUCGGGAUCGAUCUCGUCAAGGAAGCCGUUUGGGACACCUUCGGGAAGGUGAACAAGCUUGAGUAUUUUACAAUGUGGGCUAUCAUUGUUAGUAUGACACUGUUCGAUUUUGUGUUCGGUGUUAUUAUUGGGAUAAUCCUCGCAUGUCUCUUCUUCGUAGUGCAAAACGCCCGUCGUCGGCCCGUUCGAGCGGUGUUUAAUGGACAGUCGCUCAAGUCUACAGUGAGGCGACACGCCAUCCAACGCUCCUUCCUGCAUCGUGUCGGUAAGCAGACGCAGGUGAUGCGAUUGCAAGGUUUCCUUUUCUUUGGUACUAUCAGCGUAGUGGAGGAGAUGACAAGGGAGAUGCUCGAUGCGGCUCAGUGGGACAAAAACCCACUGCGCUUCCUAAUUCUAGAUUUAAGGCUGGUCAGUGGUGUCGAUUUCUCCGCAGCCGAAUCGUUUGUUCGUAUCGCGCGGCUGCUCGUCGCGCGACAUGUGACGCUCGUGCUCUGUGGGAUCGAGUCGCCAGAGUCUAACAUUGGGAUCGCACUGCGUAGUGUUGGGUGUUGGUCUGAUAUGGAGGAAUUCAGACUAGAGGUCGCGAAGGAUCUCAACGAUGCACUCGAAUACGUCGAGAAUUCUUAUCUUAGAGGACUCUACUCACAUCCAGCGUCGCAUAAGAAAUAUCAGACACUCGCGCUGACGGGUGGGGUGGAGUUUCCGAAGAAACAUAAUAAUAAAAUGGCGUUUAGGAUAUCGGAAAGUAUGUCAACUAGUCCGCGUAACAAUCUCAUUCAAGACGCUGCCAACUUUACUGAAGACGCUCAUCAAGGACACGUCCAUACUCAGAACUUGGCGCUUAAUUGCUCGCCCCUUGAGGAGGAAGAGGAGGUUGACGGUGGCCAGACUCCUAGAGUUGGUAGUAUAUCAAAGAAUCUUAACGUGUUCGACAGCGAGGAGGAGAGUGAGGGUGAGAGUGAGGAUAAUCACCAAAAACAUCCUCAACCUCUAUCGCUUAUCAUUGGUACAUUCAAGACAUACACUGAUGCUCAUAUCGACUUUUAUAGACAACUCGCACCAUAUUUCACCCCAGUGGAUCUCAAGGCGGGUGAUAUUCUUUGGAGACAGAAUGAAGAGCCAAACGGCUAUUAUCUCAUUGAGAGGGGUAUUCUCAGGGCUACUUACAUGUUCGAUGGACACAGUUCACCAGUAGAUGAAACAAUGCUGACGGGGACGGUGGCGGGUGAAAUAUCAGGAAUCUCAGGCUCAAAAAGGAAUUGCACAGUGGUCGCAGAAACCGACGCACGGCUAUGGAACUUAUCGCAUCUUAGCCUGCAGAGGUUGGAACGCAAUCGGGGAGAAGUGCAGCGGGAAAUGGUGCGGAUACUACUCAAGAUAGGCUACGACGAAGUAGUAUCGCUCACAUCAUAUCUUGCUGCUGGACUGGCUUGA